CGUUUCCUCUGUGCCUCACGCAGACAGCAGACAUGAAGUCCAUGGCGCUGUUGCUGGUAGUGCUAGCGGUCGCUGGUCAAGUGCUGCUGCCGCCGGCGCAAUGCCAGCGGCUGAACCCGGAGAUCCAGGACACCGGCGGGCUGAGCCGGCACGGCUUCCCGGCGGGGUUCGUGUUUGGGACCGCCGCGUCGGCGUACCAGGUGGAGGGGAUGGCGAAGCUGGGGGGCCGAGGGCCUAGCAUCUGGGACGCCUUCAUAGCGAUACCAGGGACGAUUGCUGGCAAUGGCACCGCCGAUGUGACGGUGGAUGAGUACCACAGGUACAAGGAAGAUGUGGACAUAAUGAAGAGCAUGGGCUUCGACGCGUACAGGUUCUCAAUCUCCUGGUCCAGGAUCUUCCCAGAGGGAGCUGGGAAGGUGAACCAGGAAGGGGUGGACUACUACAACAGGCUCAUCAACUACAUGCUUCAGCAAGGCAUUACUCCAUAUGCAAACCUCUACCACUAUGACCUCCCACUGACGCUCCAUCACCAGUACCUUGGCUGGCUAAGCCCAAAGAUUGUGGGGGCGUUUGCGGACUAUGCCGAUUUCUGCUUCAAGGUGUUCGGAGACAGGGUGAAGAACUGGUUUACCUUCAACGAGCCGAGGGUUGUCGCUGCUCUGGGGUAUGACAACGGCUUACAUGCGCCAGGGAGGUGUUCGAAGUGCGCUGCAGGAGGCGACUCCAGGACAGAGCCGUACCUUGUCACGCACCAUCUCAUCCUUUCUCACGCUGCGGCCGUGCAAAGAUACCGUGAGAAGUAUCAGCAUCAGCAAAAAGGGAGGAUUGGAAUUCUCUUGGAUUUUGUAUGGUACGAACCUUUAAGCAACAGCACUGCAGAUCAAGCCGCAGCACAGAGGGCAAGGGACUUCCACCUUGGAUGGUUCCUUGAGCCCAUCACCCAUGGUCGCUACCCAGACUCGAUGGUCAAGAUUGUCGAGCGCAGGUUGCCAGCCUUCAGCGCCGACGAGUCCAGGAUGGUGAAAGGCUCCAUUGACUAUGUUGGCAUCAACCAGUACACUUCUUACUACAUGAAGGACCCUGGGGCAUGGAACAUGACGCCGGUCAGUUACCAGGAUGAUUGGCAUGUCGGAUUUGCCUAUGAACGGAAUGGUGUGCCUAUUGGAUCGCGUGCAAACUCCGACUGGCUUUACAUUGUACCAUGGGGAAUCAACAAGGCUGUGACCUAUGUUAAAGAAAGAUACGGAAAUCCAACAAUGAUCCUUUCUGAAAACGGAAUGGACCAGCCCGGCAAUGUCAGCCUCGCUGAUGGUCUGCGUGACACAGUAAGGGUUCGGUACUACAGGGACUACAUAUCCGAGCUCAAGAAGGCGAUAGACAACGGAGCAAGAGUGGUUGGGUACUUUGCUUGGUCUCUGCUAGACAACUUCGAGUGGAGGCUCGGCUACACUGCACGUUUCGGCAUCGUCUAUGUGGACUACAAGACUCUGAAGAGGUAUCCCAAGGACUCAGCCUUCUGGUUCAAGAACAUGCUCUCCGAGAAGAAGAAAAGCUAGGAUUGCAAACAAGAUCAGAGAGAACCAAUAGCUUCAGCUUUCAGAAUAAACCAUACUGUGGUGUGGUGUGGUGUGGUGUAUGUUCAUCAUAGCACCUAAGAGCUUUAAGAAACUGAAAAAAUAAGCAUUGAGACAGUAGCUUUGCCAGUUCUUAUAAUACAAUGGGAAGCAAAAAAGGAUUUAAGUGGAUCAA